ACUGAGUAAAAGAAAAUCGAUAUGCUUAGACUUUGCGAUGAGCCUGAACAGGGACGUGAGAGACCUCUGAGCGGUGUAAAGUUCACAUUUAUCUAACCAUGCUAACGGUAAUUUCAGAACUGUGCGAUUGCUAACUAAAAUCUCCUGCUUCACACUCGAACCAAAGUUCGAUUCACCAGCAUCAUGUCUUUGCUUCGUAAUGCCAUCUUGGUUGCUGUUACAGCAUGUCUCGUUGCCUACCUACCAGGGUACUUCAAGAAGCCACCACCGAUAGUCGUCCAUGGCAAGGUUGCAAAGGGGUUCGAACCAGUUCUCCAGCAGUUCAGAAAGAACUUUGAAAGUGGCACAGAUACCCGUUAUGGAGGAUCAGCAUUGGCUGUUUAUCAUAAAGGCAAGAAGAUCGUUGAUGUCUGGGGAGGAUUCGCCGAUGUAGAGAGUAAUGUAGAAUGGCGGGAAGACACGAUGACUGUCGUUUUCUCUGCGACCAAAGGUAUUGCUUCAAUUUGCAUCGCCAUGUUGGUUGACAGGGGUUUAUUAGACUAUGAUAAACCUGUAUCAGAAUACUGGCCAGAGUUUGCACAGAAGGGAAAAGGAAAGGUCACCGUCAGACAACUCAUGGAACAUAAGGCUGGCCUGACUCUCAUGGCCCCGCCCGGUAUGAAUAUUGACACCUUAAGUGAUGUAGCCCGAGCAGGGGAGUUAAUGGCGACGGCUGAAACUCAGUGGGAAAUUGACGGAGUGAAACAUGGUUACCAUGCCCUUACCUUCGGUCCUCUCACCAACGAGCUUCUCCGUCGAGUUGAUCCUCAACACCGCACAAUGGGGCAGUUCUUUGCGGAAGAGAUUGCAAAACCUUUAGGUGGAUUGGACUUUCACAUCGGACUACCGUUGGAUCAGAAGUACAGAGUUGCUCGAUUGAUUGAAGGAAAGAUUGGGAGACUGUGGGGUUUAGACGAUCCUCAAAUACGACAGAUGACAUUGCAUUUCUUGCGGACAUCCUAUUUCAGCAACAUUCAAAAGAAUCAAGAAAGUAUCCUCACCAACAUGGCAUCAUUCAACAAUCCGUAUUUCCAAGCUGUUGAACUUCCCUCGGCAAACGGUAUUGGGACUGCUCGGGCUGUCGCGAAGAUCUACGGCGUUUUAGCAGCCGGUGGUGUUGAUCCAGAAACUAAGACAAAGCUGAUGUCAAAGGAAAGGAUUGAUGCAUUCAUGAACGCCAGUACUAUCACAACGGAUGAAGUAUUGGGUCUUGACUUAGCCCACACUUUGGGAAUGGUGACAACCAAGUAUGUAGUGAACGGAUCGAUAAUGGGAUUCGGUCAUGAAGGGGCAGGCGGUCAGAAGGCGUGGGCUGAUCCUGAGAACCAGAUCGGAUUUUCAUUCAUCAGCAGCGCAAUGUCUCCUUACACGCAUAACGGAGAUAUUAGGAGCCAAGAUUUAACCGAAAUCUUGUAUGAAUGUUUAAGAAAAGAGAAGUUGAUUUGAGGAUCUUUUAAAAUCUUGUUUAAUUUCCCCCCACCCCAACCCCAAAAGACAAAUGAAUAUGAUGACAAAAAAAAUCUUUAAACAGCAGGUGACGAAAGUGCACAUUAUUUCCAACAGAAAAUAAAUCGAAGGCUAGUUCGAAGGGAUGAUUCACAUAGAUUUAAAGGACAAGUCCACCCCAACAAAAACUUGAUUUGAAUAAAAAGAGAAAAAUUCAACAAGCAUAACA